AUGCUGAUGUUGGUUGAAAUUCUGGUUAUUUGUUUUGUGGACCAGGGGGUGUGGUGGAACGCCAAGGUGUGGCUCCGUCCGAGCCAUCCACCUGCGGCCUCCCUCGUCUCCGGUCUUCUUGACUCUGUCUUGACUCCGGGCCCAGGCGGGGGAGGAGGAGAGAGUGUAGGUAGAUGCAGCGCAAGUCUACCGGCACUAUAAACCUCUGCGUAAGUCACCGUCCCUGCUCCCACCGCUGCUGCAGGUGUGGCGCACACGGUGGACAUCAUCGAAAUCGAUAGUCGAACUGUCAUUUGACCUAAUUUGCGUGCACGUUGCAGUUGCACCGACCCUGUGGCACACCCGGUGAGCGUCGUCGCCUAUGACGGUCGAACUCUUCACGCCUUUCCAUAUCAUUUCUGGCGGCAGUGCAGUCACCUGCAAAGGCUCCGAAUUGAGAUCCAAGGCUCCACGAGACGAACACGAUGGAUACACAUAUAUACGCCUCUUCUAUGGCAUCGAGAGCCUUACUUUAAAAUUGCAACCAGAAUCUAGGUUACUUUGAAAUAUUAGCAUCUUCCCCGGCUUUUUUGACCGUCUCGCGAAAACUGUAUAAUACGUUUAAAUGUCCUUGUACCUACUGGUUCGCACGAAACUUGCCUAAGAUUAGUACCUAUGGGACAGUUAACCAGAACUUAAUGCACAACUUCAACGAUCAACAGUAAGUAUUACUUGACGAUAUUUCUAGAUGAAUGAAUUUGAUUCAAGUGUACGAGAACUAUUUCCAGCCAAUUUGGACGUUAAUCAUUAAACUUGUCUGCGUUUAAUCUUUCAGAUGUACAAUGAAUGACUUUAUAAACCAACGUGGCCAAGUGCUGUUGUCAACUCCUGUUAAAUAAACCGUCUUGAUGCUUAUACAAUGAAAAAAUACUUCGGGUCAUCAUUGACGGGACCUUUAAGUCAGUUAUGCAGUCAUACUCGGAGAGAAUGCAGCCAGAGGCCUUGAAUGACCCUGAUCCUACAUCUACAGUCUUGCAAAAUAUUAUUUUUCCUUUUCCUUGUUAGACCUUACCGUUGCUACUGCUACUUUAGGGCGAUGGAAGGGUUGAUUAGCACGCAGACAUUGACGUAUACGUCAGACAGCGUGUAGGAGUUUUGUUCCUCAUUUCACUUUUGACAGAGGAAGUUGCAGUCGCUCUUCGUGCAUGAUGGACAGUGACGUUGUUUGUCUGGCAGAAUGCUUUUUUAACUGAGCGCAACAUUAUCAUUUUAUUGCAUUAUAAGCAUUCAAGAAAAACAAUCUUAUAGGAAGCGGUGGAUAGUAAAAAGAACUUGGCGUAAGAAAAGCACCGGAAGUUUUGCUGCGACUUAUAUGUCUCUAAACCGGUACUCAAGACAAUUGAGUAGCGAGUUCUACAUAAUUACAUCGGACCAGAUAAGAAAGGAUACUUUUGUUAAUAUACGCAGAAGGGAGUUCAAGAAAGCCCAUGAUGGGAGGAGGUUCGAAGGCUGGGAAAAGAAUACUGCUCGAAUAACGCCCUGGAUCUGCUCACGGAUGCAUCACCAGGAACCACAACAGACAGGAAGGAUGGGUGGACAGGGGGGAGGGGUGCGAAGUUGGUAGGACACAGGUGAUACGCCACCAUAUGUCUACUAAAGUUGAAUGCCUUCGUAUUCGUGACAGAUACCUUACUUACAGCCACCCCCAAUCGAGCCGCUGAUUGCCACAAGCUCACCUCUGGUGUUUAUGAUAGGUGCAAUAACUUGUUUCACUUUUAGUACCACGAGAAGCAGAGUUCGUCUACGUGAUACCUGCGUGUCUGGUAAUUCUGCCCAGACAUAGUCUUAGCGCUGCCUGAGGAGGGGGAGCAAAUUGCGUUUGUUGAUCGACUACGUGCUGAAAAGCCACGAGCCAAGCAAACUGCAACUCAUUCGGCUGUCACCCCAAGUAAGGUAAGAAGGUAGAUCUUUUAGGCAGGGAUGCUCUGAGACGUUCUUGACGAACUGAAGCGCUUGAUAAAGCUUGUGGUGUGGUUUAAACUCCCGUUUUGACUUCGAUGGCGUUUCAAAAGCAGUUUUUACCCCUCGCUGGCCACGCUACCUAUCUCUAUCCGCGUUAACCCCCAAUGGAGCCUACUGAAACUAAACUACAAUGCAGGGAGGAAGUUUUCAUUUUCUGCCUACAAUCUGGAUAGAUCGUUUCACGCCAUGCGACAAAAUACCCCCGAGCUCAUUUUACAUGACGUCAGCCCUUUUGGGUAUAUGUGAGAACGUUCCCAAAUGAUCAAAGGACCUGGGGUCCGAAUCUGGGGUAUGCAACCCGAAGUUGGGUUAUCACUGACUGUGACGCAAAUAAGCCAGAAAUGACCUUUCUGGUGCCCCUGUGUUUGAUGGUGCGACGGUUCGACCGUCUUGACCGACGAUGUCCCCCGUGUGCUCCACAGCAGGGUGAGAGUAGGGGCGGUGACUUGUACGCGGGUCAGUUUAAAAUGAUAGUAGGCUUGUGCAGCAUUUACUUCACUCUCUCCUCCCCCACUUGAAUCCGGCGUCAAGACAGAGUCAGGAAGACCGGAGGCGGGAGAGGCACGACGAAAACCCCCUAGUUCACAACGCACAUUGAUUAGGCAUUUAUAUCACUAGUAAAAAGCAGGCGGCGAAAUGGUGUAAUGAGCACCAAAAUACAUCUACCGCACCCGCCUCAACUGCCCUAGCUGUCCGCGCACAUUCACUUGCCGCAUGGGCCUCCUAGGCCACCAUUACAUCUUUUUUCACGAACAGCUACAAGGAGCACGACCGCACUCAAUAGCACGCAACGCAAGCACGUAAUUGGCACCUCUGACGUAAGUGGAGAAGUGCGUCCCUCAGCUCGUUCUCCGUGUGGUCCGUCCCCCUGCAUGUGUGGUCCGAGCCUGAGGCUAUAACGCUGCACUGAACGCCGCGGCCUGGAAGGUUGACAAAUGACGAUGGUACCCAGACCUCGCAGUCAGCCCAGGGUGUUUUUGUGCAGACUGACCGGCUCUUAGACUGAGUGUCAGACUACAAUGACCCCCUUUUAACUCGACCUCUGGCAGUCUCAUGCAUUUGAGAUCCGAGCCUUCUGUCCUCUUUGUGUGUGAAGUCCUGGUGCUCGUGAUUUGAUGACUAGGUCUUGCAUGCAGCGCACGCAGACGAGUUCCCAAACUCUGUCAGCCACUGUGCCAAUCCGACACCAGACAACUAACCAGUCCUGGCAAUGACUAGGGUCAGGGACUGGGAAUAUCGAAUGAGGUCGACAACCCAGCCCACUUCCCUCAUUAUAGACAAUCUGGCGCCCUUGAAGCUACCACGUCGCGCUAAAGGCCGUGGCCUGAAAUGUUUCCCACUGGUGAGAUAACCAAGACCUUGCAUUCAGCCAAACCCGUUUUGUGGAGAGUUGUCGACUGGUGAACUGACAGCCAGGCUGCAAUGGCUCCUUCCUAAUGUGGCCUUUAUGACACUCAGGGUCGUGGGAUCCGAGCCAAGAGUAGUGGCAGGCGUUUGUACCUCUCCGAUUGCGCUCCCUCUCCUACAUCCGGUCUUCUUGACCUGGUCAUGGCACAGGUCUAGGCGGGGAGGAGGAGGAGAAGAAGAAGAAGAAGAAGAAGAAGAAGAGAGUGUGGUAGGUGCAUCAGAAGUCUACUACCACCAUAAAUUUAAUAAAGCGCAAGUCACCAUCCCUGCGCCAGUAUGUUGUGGACCACACGGUGGACCUCGUUGGAUACACCGGCCGAAAUGUCACGUCCCAUCUGUUUUCUUUUUGUCGCGCGUAUUAUUGCUGCCGCCGCUUGUUUGUCUGCUAGACAAAGCCACACAACGUGCGCUCCGCCCUGUAAUUAUGCGAUAUCAUCCAGCUUCGUUUGCAGGUAGUAAACAACCCAAGUCUGCAUCAUGAGGGUUACGGACAAGGAAUGGGCAACUGCUUUUGGUUGUUAUAAACAAAUCCCGUGCUCCUCUCUUUCCUUUUAUCUACUCAUCCAAAUCAGGCAGUUCACCUCGUCCUUAGAGUUAGAAAGAAUGCAGUGCCAGUUAGUCCACACAAGUAGCAAGUGUAUUCGCCGUAGCUCAUUUGGUGAACACUUGCGUGAUUUCAGAAUGCUGCCCGACGAUGCAAGGUUGUCAGCUGCACGAGUUUCUCCUUCGUCAUAGCCUGAGUUAACUGGAAAGAAAUCUGUUUAGUUACUUGGACCUUAUCUGCCCUGAACAAAUAUCCAUCUGUCAGUACUUUUUAUGGGCAGCUUAUUUUGAUGUUACGAUGAAGGCUCAACCAUAUGUGAAACCUAGGAUUCCCCAUGCUGGUUAUGGUUAUACCGGCAUCAAAUGCGGCAUUGCUCCUGUAUGUACGCGUUUUCCCCUUGUCAAAGUCCUUCUUCGUUCGGAACAAACUGUUACUUAAGUAGAAUCUAAUUUGAACAAAUAUCUACUUGUCAGUGCUCAUUCUGGCCUGUCCAUUAUUACGAUACGAUGUGGGCACAGUUAAAUAUGGAACCCUGGAUUCCCCGCGCGAGCUUUGGUGGCAUAAGCGCAGCUGUACCAGCCGCCAAAGCGAACUUUCAAAAGGCUGUUUACGAAAAAUAUAUAAGUUGCUAUAGCUACAGAAAGAUCCGGUAGACGCCCCUGUACAUCGCGCGUCUCAGAGGCGACAACAGUUUGGCUUAAAACCCGUAAUUGUGACUCAUUCUGCUGGGUGAGUAAUACCGGUGCCCGCUGAUUGGCCUAUAUGGCUAACCUAUGUUCUCCGGGCACAUGGCCAAAGUCCCAAUCAGAAAAUCACUUUCGUUUCUGACCCUUGUCAAACGUCUACCUUCUGAGCGGUAGAACAGUCUGCCAAAAUUCUUGUUUGGAUUGGCAACCUGACUGUCAACUGUGCAGCGCUUACUACUCAACGAUCCUCCUACAAGAAGGCGGCGUGUCAGGAGCUGAAGAUGCACUCUACGAAAGCAUUAUUUGCUACCCUAAAAAUAUUAUUCGGGUGGUGGUCGAAACACUGAUAUUCAGGGAAAAGAGUUUUAUGUUACUCCGCACCAAACAGCGGUCAUAUGGAACAAGCUACACAAGCACACAUUUUACCAUAAGUAAUAAAGAGUUUUCUAUCCUUUUUGAUUUUCUGAGUGAACGGAUCAUUGUGGAUAGGAAAGAUUGACGAAUAACAUGUUUUGCAAUUGCGAAAAUUUCCAUAGAAGGAUACGAAAGACCAGCUGGCAAGCAUGCGUGUGUUUUCAAUAAAUUUUCGUCGAACCAGUACAUUUAUAUGGGAACGCGGUACACGUAGAACACGUGAUAGACCAGAGAAAUCAAGUACGGCUCAUCUUUUCACACCAAUGGGGUGUGGGUAAAGGGGGAGGAUGACGGGGGCAGGCCGUUGAGAGAUGCAUGCAGUUAGCCGCCCUUUGGUUACGGUAGGCGUGGAGCUGGUACCAGGUUCAUCUCUGCGCGCAAGACUGACUUUCGUAACCUGAUGACAGUCGUCUCUGCUGUUGCUAGUCCACGUAUUUCGGAGAGACCUUGUAAACCACAGUGAAGAUUGCGUUGGGGUCCACAUAAUGCCCCGAAUCAACCGUAUGUGCGAAAGUAGUACUGUUUUGUGUUCUCAGUUUCGCCUUUUCUCAACCAUUCCGGGUGGUGUUCUCUUGUUAUUCUUUUGAACAGUCGACUACUGAUGUGACCAAUAUGGAAAAUUUCACAGGAGCAAGUAAAGAAGUGGAUGCACAUGAAGGUGGUCUGAGCUGACAACUUAUGCUUGCCUUCUCGGUUUUAAACGGGGCUCAUAGAGACGGAUAUCCGGACUCUCGCAGCUGAGAAGGUUCUCGAAACAGCCUGACGUGGAUGUCCUCUCAGUAGUUUACUCUCUGUGUCCGCUUUAAAAGGAACUUCAGGGAGCAGAGUUUUUUUCCACUUGCCCUCUCAGCUUCUGCUAGCAUUUCUUUCGGUGCGUAUCCCAGUAUUUAUGUAGAUACUACGUGGAGCAGUGUAAACCGUAGAGCGAGGCCUAAAGGUAGGUUCGAAUAUGAUUCGAAAAGUGAGUUCUUUUGCCUAUGGCAUACACAAUGUUGGUAUUUUCGGAAAGGUGAAAAUGUAGUACAUGCGCCCAAAUGUGUUGUUUGUCUGUACCUUAGAAAAAGGUGGAGUACGUGGAUAUUCGUCAACUUAUUAUCCCACCAAAGCACAUUUUAGACCUAACUUACUAGGGAGUGUUUCCCAUUGAAGUCAUUUUAUGUGGAGCUCUAAUUUAUUCUUCGGAGUCUAUGAACCUGACACAAAAAUCAGGAUUAACUAUGCCGGAUGUCAGUUGAGAACACUAAAGACAGUAGAGUAUUAGGAAGACCACUAGGCGAGCAAGCGCAUGCUUUCGUUAAAUUCUCAUCGGGCCAUCACAUUUAUAUAAGAACGGGGCACGUGUAAACAUGUUAUAAGUAAGAGAAAUCGAUUACAGUCCUCUCUUUCAUACAAGUGGGUUGUAGGAACAGAAUGGCGGAGGACUAAGGAACAGUGAGUUCGGGGGCAGUGAGGGUUAGGGGACCGGAGGGUAAUGGUGAGGAGGAACAUCCGUCCAUCAAGUGUACGGUGGAGGUGAAAACGGCAGAUAUACUCCCUUUCUUAACUGCCCUUUUAGGCAGAAGGGCUGAAGGUAGCGAUCGAAGGAGUCCAUUGGAAGAAAUUUUGUCUGUACAAUAUGCGAACCCUUCAACAGUCUAGUCCCUGGUUUCGCGCAGAGGGCUAGAAAAUUUGUUUGGCCGACAACAUUGGCAAAGGCCUUAGAAAGAUCCAGGACCUGCUUCGCGAGAACGGGUAUACAAGCAAAUUUAUUGCGAAGAAUACUACAGACAGACCUACAGUACCCAUCAUGAUGAAGGCGGAAAAGAAAACUCUGUUCCUUACGUGUAAUGUACAAGCUAUCACUGAACCGUCCUAAGCCACUGGGUCGGCAUCUACUAGCAACAUCAGAAGCGACAAAAGUCCGGUCUUGUUUGCAUAGUUGAGUCUGGUAUAAGCUCCACGCCUACCGUAGCCAAAGGUCGGCUAACUGCAUGCAUCCCUCCGUCCCCCCCCCCGUCCUCCUCCCCCCUUACCCACACCCCAAUGGUGUGGAAAGAUGAGCUGUAUUUGAUUUCUCUGAUCUCUCACGAAUUUUACGUGUGCCCCAAUCCCAUAUAAAUGUACUGGGUCGACGGAACUUUAUUGAAGACAUGCAUAUGCUCAUCGACUGGUCUUCUGAAUAAUGUGUUUGCAUGGUCAGCGUGAAGUUUCUCGUCGGAAGCCGCCAGUCUUCGAUUAUCCAUGAGUUUGAAAAUUCGACAGUUCGGCCGUCGUGACCGACGACGUCCAAAGUAUACUCCACGUCAAAGCGAGUGCAGGGACGGUGACUUGCGCAUGAGUUAGUUUAUGGUGAUAGUGGACUUGCGCUUUGCCUACCGCACUUUCCCCUCCCCCCCCCCGGACCCGGUAGCAAGACAGAUCCAAGAAAACCGGGACUGGGAGAGGGCCUAGGUGACUGACGCGACAUGAACCCGCACCUAGGCGCACCACCACAUCCCCUAGCCCGUAAGGGACACUCACCAGGACAUUAUACAUCAAGAAACUGGGAGACGAUGCCAAUUCCAAUUUACGCGGCGUGGACCUCCAACCGGGUCUGCCGACACAUCCCAUGUCUUGGCAUCUGUUAUGGGUGCUCAUUCUCGAUAACGCCUCCUGGACAUCGAUCUAGCCGCCGUGUUGGUCCAACGCAUCUAACACGUGACCCGUUUUGGGGGACACGGUUAAGCAAUUCAACGAUCUUCUGAGACACGGCCUGCGUCCCCGCGCAUUUCCAAUGUUAACAGACACGUACCUGUGCACGGAACACACAGGUCACAUGUAUACAAUCUCCUGUUUGCGUGUUACUAAAAAAGUAGGGACAUUGUAACGGACAAACCUCGGGUUUGUGGCUGCAUGCGUGACUGAGGUAACACAAGCUAGUGACGGCUGCAAAUCUAAAACGGUUCUUCCGACUUCCCUUGUCCUUGACGGUAACACCCCUUGGCUAGUGAACACCCGCAAUGAAUGUACUACACCUGGUGCACAUGUGCAAAUAUUAGCCAGGCGCACACCACCAAAUGAUAGCAAACAAGGACGGGGCUUAAACGCGUCCCAAUACUUUUUAACUGCGCCGCUGUUUUCGUUAAGGGUUCCGAAGACGUACGUUUGUCCUUAUACCUGUCAUCCGGCCGUUGUCACCAUCCGUCAGUGCGCACAGACGAAACCACGGAAUCGUUUUCUGGAACUAAUGCAGAGUGAAACCACCCAGUACCCGGAACCUCCGCGCCAUUUCGACGUCGGCAGUUAAUUGGUGUGAGCAGGACGCUUUGCCUAAAUGUCCUGCAGUUAUUUGGCUAUUUUUGAUAUGGUGGCUCAAAAAGGAUUGAGCGAUGGUCUGGAGUUCAUCAUUCCCGCGGUAGCCCUGCAACUUGAUGGCAACUAGGAUCGAUCAUUUCGGUUGUGUAGGUACGAAAACAUGCUGUCCUGCAGGACGUGUUCAAGCGGCCGACGGAUUUCCGUUCUCAAACGUUCCCCGCCGUCAGCAAGCCGAAAGUGAGCUCUAGAUAUCAGUGUACAGCAGAUCGACCGAGACAGUAACAAUAUCAACCUUACACUGUAAGAACGUAUGCGGGCAAACUCUAAGCGAGAGGUGGUGGUUAACAACUGCGAGCCAGCUUCAGGGUAUUUCAGAAUCAGUUAUUUACAGGAGCUGUUCAGAGUUAGCGAAUGUCCAAAACCUGCAAGCCCCAGUAAGGCAGGAAUGAGGGGGUCGGCCAGCCUGUAAAUCAGGAUGAAAUAUCGUGCGAGCAAGUUGUUUAUCCGAUGCUUGGUGAAACUUCUUGGGAUCACUGCGGUUGGAAUCACUUGCAAGUCCGUCUCAAAACUUCACCGUCAGAUGGUGCUCCUAAAACUCCAAACGAUAAAUGGGCAAAAUUGUUCCUAAUGCACACAGUCUCAUUUUAGGAGCCGGUGGACAGCUGUUAAUGAUAGUGCAAGUGCUCAAUCUGCCACUGCAGGGCCGAAUUCAAAAGUGACGACGCGUGUAGUCAAUGCUCAGCACGAGUUCAGAUUGGCUGAGAUCGUGCACCGAGAAGAUAAAUACAAAGUUGAAAUGGUCGACAGCAUUCAUUUCCAGUCACACUAACCCACCCCCUAAAUAUGGAGAAUCUGUGGCAGAGUCCGGUUCAGUGCCUAUUGUGCGCGACAGAGACGAGGCCACGGACAGAGAAAAGCAUGGCUAAGCAGGCGUUAAUAAGUCAUCUGGAGUCGACUAACACCCCGCAGCCAAGGAUUAGGCUAACAGUCGCAUUGAAGGGGACCGGCAGGCAGUAUACUUCGAACUAACUACUGGAUCAUGACUAAGAGACAGUCAUUAUUACUGGGUGAAGAAUAUCAAGCACCUCUUAAAGGUCCUGUGGAACCGCAAUACUUCUUCUGCUGCACCACCUGUGAAUGGUAAUAUACUUGUCAACAGUUGCCCUCUACGACGGACCACGCGGUAAUUACGUACUUUUACGAUAUCACAGCGAGCCCAUAGUCUUGGUUUCGAAGUUCGACAGCUGACAGGAUGACUCUGUCUUUUCAGGACAGAGAGUCAGGCUGCAAUGACUCCCUCCAAAUGUGAACUUUAUGGUCGUCCAACCCACUUUGAGUCCGAUUUGGCCCCUGGCCAGUUUUGGUAAAAACCUUGUCCAUCGUGCGCGGACAGGGCGUCUGUGGCACAAGCAGAAGGGCCGCUCAGCUUUUUCAGUCACCGCAUCCGAUCCCACCUCCAGUCUUUUUGACUAUUCCUCGACAUCGGGUUCAGGUGGAUGAGAGAGGAAUGUGCACGGCAGAUGCAGCGCAAGUCCAUUAUUACUAGAAACUAUCUCAUGUGCAAGUCCCCGCCCACGCGCUCACCCUGGUGUGGGGCACAUGGUGUAAACCGUCAAUAACGACAGCCGAACAGCUACCUGCUGGCAGUAAAAAAGCAGUCAUGUAUGCUAUUACCGACAAAGACAAGGGAGACUGGAAUGGCCAUUUCCGGCUUAUUAGCCGUUUUCAGCCGGUCAUACCCAACCCCGAAGCGUGGAAGACCGGGGGCUUGAACUCGCGAUCUGUUUGUUACGAGUUCAACGCUUCUAACCACUGGGCCACGGACCCGUUGUCCUGUCGGUUUUAGUGAGCGCCCCCUACCAUUUUACAUUCCCGAUCGAAAUCGACAGGACAACGGGCUCGUGACCCAGUGGUUAGAGGCGUUGAACUUCUGAUUAACAGGUCGUGAGUUCGAGCCUCAGGUGUUUCACUUUUCGGGUUAGUAUGACUAGCUGACGACGGCUAAUAAGCGAGAAAUGGUCAUUCCAGUCUCCCCUGUCUUUGUCGACAAUAACAUACUGCCUAUAACAUGCACCGUUGUGCGGCUGCUGGUUGGGGCUCGAGAGAGAGAGCCCGUAAGGCACGACGGAAGGAGUGAAUUCCGUACGAACUAUCGGUGAGCGCCCCCCACCAAAUAGUCGUGUUUCAGCUAACAUUUGGUGAAACAGGGAUUGGGAAACAAAAAAAGAUUUACUAAGAGUAUUUUUGUACCUCGUUUUAUUAAUAACUGCGAAACCUCGAAGCAAUAAGCACGCAUGCAGCACUAAUGCACUAUUGUCAUCCCGUUUUUUGUCCCCUCCCUACAAACCCUCUGUCAACAGCACGGAUUUAAAAGUACUGCAGCGACCGACUUUGUGUUUUAACGCUUGUUCUAUAUUGUACAUUGUAUCAUUUUGGAUAGCGAAAAACCAGAUCAUUUAUAUGAGCAGCAAAGCAGACUGAACAUUCAGCACAUGGCAGGAUACAAAGAUUUUCAAACCAGACAUGAACUUAGCGCUAACGGAGCUUAGUUAGAUCCCUGUGGCAUACUCUUCUGCUAGAAAUUGCUUGUCGGAACGGCCCACGCCUCGCAUACUUGACAGCAGUCUGAUCUGGGUUUUUCUAAAUACAAACACAUGGCGUCAAAAGCACACCCGCGAUAGGUGCAUUAAAUUUUCGCAUCGAUUUCUGCCGCUGUGAGUGCUCGCGUUUACAGUGAAACGUGACAUACUCUCUGCCUUUGUGUGUGUGUGUUCUCACAGAGCAAAGGAAAUUAGGAGUGCCCUACGAGUGAGCAGAAUGAUUUCUGCAUUUUUACGGCAAGGGAAAUGUUUCUAUUUGUCUACUGCGUGAACUCAUUACCGGAUACAAACCUCCACUCCUCAUCGGGAGAUUUGAAUAAACUGGAUUUACGUUUAGCGUAAAAUUUUGAUAACCCAUGCCUGUGUAUUAUGGUGGCGGCAGAUCACGCUUCGCUCAAGAUCUACGGCUGUUGGGCUGUAAUUGGUCUGCUAGCAGCCGCUUGCGUAAAUAGCGUAAUAGCUUUAUCUGUAUUUCUUGGGAGCUACUUACAACUUUGGAACACAUGGAGUGCAAGUAGAGUUUACCUAUAAUGACAACUGCUUCCUUUGACACAAUGUACUAGGCCUUUUUGACCAGAGGAGACAAGCUUAUCUACAGACCUAUACAAGUGCACUGGAGAAAUGCUGUGGGCUAUAAUUCGGAAGUAGUAGCCUUCCUUCCCUUCCAUGUGAACUGAUUCUUGGAAUAAGGGCCUUGGCGUCUACAGCCUUUAAUUGUUCUUAUAGAGGAAACGAUUUCAUUUUGACAAGGACAACUAGCAGCGAUGAAGCUAUGGUUCAACGAAAACGAUAAAUGCAGACGUUAUAAUCGCAUGCAAUGAAUCUGCAGUCGAUCUAUCCUGAUUGCGGGACGGAACAGAGCACCUUCGUUCGACCUUGGAAAGCAGUAUUCAUGGCCUUCUUGGGAGGAGGGGUAGCAAGUAGUCAGAAAAGUUCGUUCCAGUUUUCAUGUCCUUGUAAGCAGAACUUCCUGGACAUCGACUAAUAAUCAUCAUACACCGUUUGGGCGGGCCGUAAAGGCCCGUAUCCAAGGCAAAGCAGAAAUGCAUAAUGUCGCCCGCAGUCGGGAUAACUUCUGAAUGCCACUUCCAUGUGACAUGACGCGUGCCGCAGCGUUGUUUUGAAGAAGUCGUUUAACCAUCAAUUGACUCAGUUUCUGAGCUCGAGUCUGAAGUUGUGAGCUUGAUGUAUCGCUUGCUGAUGGCAGCAGCCACCGCAGUGUCCCCACCGUUGUCGGCAAAACUCCUCUGGGUAUCGUAGUCGUUGAACUGGGUGCUUACUACGACAGCUUCACAUCCUCCGAAGACAUGUCGGUGUAAUUGGCAAGGGAUGUCACUAAGAAGCACGAGAAAACGGAAAAAUAGCUCAAGUCACUUUCUCUGCUCUCACCCCGCCGUAGAGCACACAGUGGAAAUUGUCGAAAUCGACGGCCGAACUGUCACCUUUGCACAGGUCGCAGGAACAGGCCUAGACGUGAUUCAGUUACAAUGUAUGCAUAUAAUUUAAUCUGAGUAUAAGCUACCUGGAGCCCCUCACUGAUCGGCUCACCGUCCCUUUGCACUUCACUCAGUGACCGGUGCACCACUAUUUCUCAUAACUGAACGCUCGAGAGCAUGUGUGCGUGCUUUUUCGGGUCAAGGUUCUUCACACCUUCUUGUGAAUGCUUCCAGACGUGUUUACCCGGCAAACCGAGGUUCUGCAGUGACUGAUUCCGAUACAAACGCACAUGUACACUUACACAGUCGCAGUCGUCAGUACUUCAUGUGACGCGACACGCAAACUAGGAGACUCGUUCUGAAUUCGACUCCCAAAAGUCUGCACUAAAGGUCAAACUCGAAUACACUCUCGCAGGUACGACUUCACACGCACCCUUGGUCUCCACUUGUCGGCUCUACAUCUGAUGUCUUUCAUCUUUCACCGGCAAAGCCAGAGUUGAUCUGGCUUUCCCGCCAGUUAAAAUACAUCGUAGGUUGGGCUGAAUUAGGCCAAGCCCUUCCUUAUCGCCCGCCCCCUCGCACAGAACGUCAGUUGUUGCUCUGAGCGAGACAGAGAGCAGCCAUUGGCUCAUGGCGUGCAGUGAUCGGGCUGUGAGCCCUUAACUACUGUCGUAUGUUUGUGCGGUACACGCACAUUGAGCCAUCCACACUAUGCCAGACCUUACACCCAACUUUAUUGCAAGUCAGUAGAAGUGUUCAGACAGGCAACUAGUGCAUGGGAGGGAGAAGCGAGGUAGAUUGUCUUGUGAUUUUCGGCAUGAAGAUAUUCUUCUUUUAUUGAACGAAAAAAAUCGUAGUUGGGGAGUAAAAAUCGGCGGCAGAAUGCACGAACCAACGAAAUGCCAGGUCAACAGUUGGGUAGUAGAAAGUGAGAUAAAAUUUCGAAGCGUGCAUGAUUUUUUUCAACUCCUGAUUUGAAGCAUUUCAGUGUAAAGAGACUAGGCAAGAUUGAGUAGGCAUAACUGAUGUACAGUCGACCUCCGGUAUUCGCAGAGAUUAUGGAGCACAGCUGUUCGCAAACAUUUGAGGCCCCUCCAAGAACGCUCGCAACUUCCUACUUUGGUGUUUAGAUACCAAACGUACCUUAAAAUUAUCAUCCUAAAACACUGUAUUAUUGUUUGCAGUGUUUACAUUUGCAAUGAUAUUUAAAAAUUUAGUAAGCCAUUUUCCUUAUCACAAAAAAAUGAAUUUAAUUGGGAAAAUAAAUGGAAAUAGGCAGAAUGGUAUUGCCGACGAAGACAAGGGAGAUUGGAAUGGCCAUUUAUGGCUAAUUAGCCGUCGUCAGCCAGUCAUACCCCAAACCCUACGUGUGGAGCAUCUGGAGCUCGAUCCCGCGACCUGUUAGUUAGAAGUCCAACACCUCUAACCACUGGGGGAAAUAAUUGACGAAUACUUUAGUUAGGGUCCACUUAAAGAAAGGAAAUCCGCAAAUACUGAACUAUGAAUACGCAGGGGCCAACUGUAUCGCGAAAUAAGAACGUGUAAGCAUUUCAAGCGAUACGGCGGUGGGAACAUCAGGCGAGCUAGGCCACCCGUACUAUAGGUGGUCUGAAAGAUAUUUUAAGAGGGAGUGGGUGGUUAUGAGUCAGCCUGUCGGGGUACGGUAGGUCGACACUUGGAUAUUUUCCAAAUUAAAUACAGAGACGACAGUUAUAGUACAGCCUCUAUUGAGGCAGAGGCGAAAAUCGUUCUCACCAUCCGACCGCGUCGUUCGCACUAAGAAGUAUGCGCCCGGGCUUUGUACGGAUGCGACCAAUCAAUGAAGGAAAAGUUUCAAUCACGGUCACGGCGUCAAACUGCCGAGAGCUGAGGCGCACGUGAGAAAGCAGCGCUUGACAAGCGUACUAAGCCGACCGAGAACGGCCACGCCGACAAGCCCGAGAGCAAACUGCCACAGUGCCCCACGUCUUUCCUACUUUCCCCGGCCGUAACGCACGAUUCAGUCAUAUGCACCUGGAUGUCGUGGGCCCCUUGCCUACAUCCAGUGGCUAAACUCACCCUCUUACCUGCGUUGAUAGGUUCACCCGCUGGGCUGAAGCCAGUCCUCUGAAUGUGCAAGAUGAAACGGUCGUGACGGCCACCGCCAUUCGUUAGGUCGCCAUUUUCAGUGCCUCAUACACAGUUAAGACAGAUUAUGGUGCCCAGUUUGAGUCUGCUUUCUUCCAAACCCUCCUCAAUUUUCUUGGCUGCACGCGGAUUCGGACGGCAGCCUUCCACCCAGUUGUCAGCAGUAUGGUUGAGCGUUUCUUUCGCCAAAUAAAGACCACCCUGCGUGUCGCAGAAGACCAGGGAAACUGGUCAGACAACCCGCCCCUCGCACUCCUCGGCAUUCGAGCGGGUCUGAAGUCGGAUUUUGACUGAAGCGCAGCAGAAUUUGUUUUCGGCAGUAUCCUCCGACUGCCAGGCGAGGUGGUCACCCCAACCUCUUUUGGUGCCGACGAGACCACUUACAAUUUUUUGCACUGUCCGCGGCAGUUUAUGCACUCGCAUUCCUUGGUUUCACCUCGAACUUCAACAACCAAGUCUUAAGUUGAAAAAACGCUUGGGUUCGAUAACCUUUACUGCUGGGGAAGUGUGUACACAAAGGCUCUGCAAGAACCUGCCGCGAGCUGUCUCUCUAGGCAAGUUAUGCCUGUAUCAGCCGUUGAGGUGCCUAGAACCCAGCGUGUGUGCGCGCCUUUUGCUCUGCCUCAGUGUCCGCCGGCAAAUUAGAGAAGGGACAGCGUAGAUUCUCCUCGAGCACUCGCGGGGCUAGCCACGAGCCUCGCGCGUACCGGCAGCGAAUUGACAGGGAGUGUCAGGCGGGCAGGAGGACAGUGUGACAAAACGGCGGAGAGCGAAGAGGCGUGGACUGUCAGAUACUCACCGUACGGAGAGCCGUCUGGUGUGAUCGCACGCAGCAUCAAGACCUGCAGGAUUCUUCGCGGUGAGAAGGAGGACGUGGUCAGCAUCGAUUGGAUCAGGACUGUUGUUGCGCAGGAACCACCGGGCUUGCCACGAAGACAAGUGUGCUGACUCCAAAACCCGUUUACCUCCUCCCCCGCUGUCCCCUUCUACCUCAGCUUCCCUACACCCUUUUCCUUCCCCUCCCUUACCCUCUGUCUCGCCGUCCCGCAUACUUCCUCGCCCUACAUGCCCACAGCAUCCAACUACAACCCCAUCCUCCUCCACCGUAGUACGCACUCAACCCUCUCCAACAGUACCUCCUGCUUGCAUAAAUCUCAGUGGCCGUCACGUCCACUUCCCUUGUUGUUUAGUUAGGCAUUUCCUCUAGACUUAUGCAUAUCCUUCACCGCCGUUGGUCACCAUCAUCUUCAUCAUCUCUGCCACAACCUACGCGGCGGCGGUGGCGACGCGACCACCACAGCCCCCACUCUCACUACCGGACAAAACUCUCUCGACGAUCCGCCAACCACCACCCUCAUAAUUCCCACUCCCAUCUCCAGCGAUGUGGACUCGGUCCCAAUCUACCCCUAUCAAAGUCGCAAAUUAACCUCGCGCAUCGGCCUGAUCGGUCACCUGCGGGCCAAACGCACAGGGACUGGGACGUCAGUGCCUGGUUCACCGCUGUAA